AUGCCAUUCGCAGUCAAAGCUCUAGACCACGUCGUCCUGACCUGCCGCAACAUCAACGCAACAGUAAAGUUCUACAAUCUGCUGGGCAUGAAGCAUCAAGUCUUUCGCUCUUCCAAAGAUGCACCAGGAGUAGAGAGACACGCCCUCUCCUUUGGCACCCAGAAACUAAAUCUACAUCAAGCGGGCGCGGAAUUCGAGCCCAAGGCCAUUCUGGCAAAACCCGGUACCGCGGAUUUGUGCUUUGUGACCAGCACGCCCAUCACAGACGUCUUGGCGGAACUGCAAAAAGAAGGAUUGGAGAUUUUGGAAGGUGGCAAGAUUGUCGACAGGAUUGGUGCUUUGGGUAAGCUGAAGAGCGUGUAUACGAGAGAUCCGGAUGGGAAUUUGAUUGAGGUGGCCAAUUAUGUUUAG